AUGACAAAUCCUUUCCUAGAUUCAUAUUUCAUCAGUGAAAAAAAGACGGCUCCUAUAUUAUCGAAACACCAAAAAAUAGCAUUGGCUUUGACUGUACUGAGUACUAGUGGUGGCGUUGAAAAGAAAAAAAGAAAUUCUUGGUGUAAAAAAUGGUUACUACUACGAAAGACUUUGAGUCACGCCAAUGUACUGAGAGAAUUACAACCUGACGAUUUUAAAAACUUUCUUAGAAUGGAUGAAUCACAAUUUGAACAUUUAUUGACAAUGGUAACACCAUUUAUUGAAAAAAAAGAUAUAUUGAUGAGAGAUACUUGUAAACAAAAUUUGAAACAACCGCUUCUCGACAAAACCAAAAAUGUCAAAUUGACAUUGACAACCGUCGCAAGCAUAGAUUAUACAAAAUGGCGACUUAAAUCGGCCCGACCGUGCUACACAUUGCGCUGCUUGCAGUAUUUGGAGUGGGGAGAUCGUACGUCGGGAUGGCAGAAUGACACUGCGGCCCUGCGGCAGGGAGAACCAUUAAAAUAUCGGCCCUGCAUGCAUACACACAAUACGAUUGGCAGUGGCACUGCAAACAGGGACCUGCAGGCAGUGCUU